AUGGACCCCACUUCACAUUGGAAUGAAAAUCAGGGUAAUUCUGCGGCGAGAGAGAUCCCACCCGCAUACAAUGUGCCAUCCGCCCCAUUGGCGCCGCCCCCGGACUAUGACACAGCGAUUGGGGUUAAUCUAUCAACAGAGUCGUCCGAGCAUGCUAUCACGAAUCACGAGCCGAUAACGCUUACUAUUGAAGGAAAGUUCAUUUACUCUUCGCUCUCAAGGCCAGAACCAGUCUAUAGUCUUAGUCAUGCACUAGAUGGCCAUGAGCUGAACCUCACUGGGGUCCUCCUGACCCGAAUUGAUCGCAACCCUGCUCGCCUUUCUCGUCCCGUUGUAAAGCGAGAUGUAUUCGCUCUUCGAGAUGCACCGUCAUUACAUAUCGGACCGGCAAAAUACGAAAUUGAUGGGCUGCGGUAUAUAUCAGGUAAGAAAGGAUAUAUGAGUAGGAAAAUCACCAGGAACGGACAGGGCUGGGCAGCUGGCGGGCGGGGUUUGCCUUCCUUUAUACUUCGUCCCACUAGCCCCCCUGAUUCUGACACCCAGCUUUACGAAUGGCGAGACAAGAACAGUGAUCACAAUAUUGGUAUGGAAACACGGCGGCUUUGGGAUAAAGAGAAAAAGGUGGAAUUAUCACCACCAAAAAUAGAACUGAGGGUCGGAUCCAACGUGGAUAAAGAAUAUCUGGACUUCCUGGUAGCUGUAUGGUGCAUGCAUAAUUGGAGGGAAGCCAAGGAAAUUACAAAGGAGCCCCUGACCUGGGAAGAAUUUAAAGAACAAGCCAAGACCACCGCUGCUAAGAGUAAACACCGCCGAUGGAACGCCAAUCUGGGAGCGGUGGUAUUCUAG